GUCGACGGAUCCAUUGACUUUGACGUAUGCUUUCUCAACGACAUUGCCUUCGUCAACUCGUCGCUACUGCGUGAGUAUUCCAUCGUGGAUGAUCGCGUCAAGGCCCUCAUGAUUGCAGUCAAGCGCUGGGCCAAGGCGUUUGGUAUUUGCUCUUCCCAACACAAUACACUCAGCUCAUACGCGUGGAUGAAUUUGGUCAUUUUCUACCUACAGAACGUA